AUGAAGACCAUCACUGCAGAAUACGGCGCCAAUGUCGCCAUCGCAGACUGGAACGAAAAGGACGGAGAAGCCUUGAAAUCAGAGCUCGACGACCCGGCCCACGUCCUCUUCCACAAAACCGACGUCUCCAACUGGGACUCGGUCCUCUCCCUCUUCGACGCCACCAUCAACACCUUCUCCACCCUCCACGCCGUCCUCUCCAACGCCGGCAUCAACACCGAAGACUUCGCCGCCACCAUCGACGCCGUCGACCCGGCCACCGGCAAGCUCCUUGCCCCCGACCUGAAGACCGUCGACGUCAACCUGACCGGCCAGAUCUACAUGGCCAAGGCCGCCCUGCACUAUUUUAAGAAGUGCGCCGGCGGUAAUGAUGAUGGCAGCAGCCUCACUAGGAGGCAGCUCGUCAUGACCGGCUCGGCUGCUAGCUUCAUAGACUGCCCGCCGCUGCAUCUCUACUGCGCGAGCAAGAUGGGUGUGCUGGGCUUGCUGCGGGGGUUGCGGACGCAGGUCAAGGCGAGGGGCGUGACGGUGAAUAUGGUUGCGCCGUGGAUGACUGAAACGCCCAUGCUCCUCCGUGAGUUUUACGAUGUCUGGGGAGAGCUGCCGCGGAAUAAGCCUGAGGGCCCCGCUCGCGCUUUGCUGCUGCCUGUCGUUCGGCCGGACGUCAAUGGGAAGUCGUUUUACGUUGCUGGGAACCAGAUAGUCGAGGUUGAGGACAAGACGCAUGAGGCGCAGCCCAUCUGGCUGGGGGAGCAGCUGAGCAGGGAUGUGGAUGAGGGACAAAGGCGGUUGGUCCCGCUGGCGCCGCCUUUGUGA